AUGAUAUCCUCCGUUCCCUCUGAGUUUGACCCAGAAGACAGUCCAGAAUGCCAUGGUGAAGAAGAGUCCAAAACCUCCCAAAGGGAAGUGACCUGGGACAACGUGGAUUAUGCCACACCUCACGAUAUACACGUCUUCAUUGUCACCAAUAGGGGACGAUAUGAAGGGCUGAAGGAAGUCGCAUCGACGCCUGCGGAGGCGCGGCCAGUGAGAUGCAACCGCGAGGAAUUUACCGAUCCAGUCGAGCGGGAGAACGCUGAAUUUGCCACGCUUUAUAGUGUCUGUGCCUUCCGGCUAGGAUGCUUCGAGGCAGCCUUGGAAGCUGCUUGCGUGGCUUGUGAGAUCGACCCUACAGAUCCUAAGCCGUUCGCUAUGAGAAUCUACCUCAGAGUUCACUUUAUGAAGCAACCGUAUUUGUCGGAGCUCAAGGCGGACACUGAGAGACUGAAUCACUUGAGGAGUGAUGGACAGCGCAAGGCUUUCGAGAUCACUAAGUCUAUCGUCUUGGACCCAGACUGGAAGGGAUUCAUGAGGGUCCUGAAUAAGCACUUCCCCAGGAGCUACAGGAUGUCACCUGGAAAGGAGAGUGCGCGUUAUCUAGAUCAAGGCCGCCGAGGGUCGAUACCGUACUAUACUAACCGUAACGCCUACCGCUUGUCAAUUGAGCGGAGGUACCGCAUUCUAUCACGAACGGGUGGACGAGCAGCACCUUAUCAACUCACUGGCUUCCUAUGGGGUAAGCAUAAAGUCACACAAGCAGCUGGGCAUUCUUGCGCCACUGAAUGCCCCUACGAUAUUAUCAUGUCACCAUCGGGCAACAGCCUCUUCGUCUCUGGCAGGGACGGCUGCAUCCAUAUGUAA